CAUAGGGUGACCUCUGUAUUGUAAUUCCCCGUGUUCACUGAUCACACCGCGGAGAGUCCGAUCUAUACACCGGCCACUAUGCAGAUCGAGACCGAGGGGAUCCCCUACCCUGCACAACGCCAGGACACCCCGGGACCAGAAAUGAAUGAUGAAAACACAGUCGGAGUAAGCAGAGAAGAAAGCUUGCUGAAUGUAUUUAAUGUGACCAUUCAACUGCCAGGAGGAGAUGAUGUAGAAAUACAGGUGUCACCAAAAGAGUUAGUACAGGAGAUCAUCCAGGUGUUAAUGGAACAUGAAGAUUCCUGUCAUAGGACAUGCUUUUCGCUGCAGUUUGAAGGCAAUGUCCUGGACAACUUUUCAGAGCUAAAGUCUGUGGCAGGACUGAAAGAUGGUUCUGUUUUUAAAGUGGUGGAAGAACCAUACACCAUCAGAGAAGCUCGAAUUCACAUACGCCAUUUCCGUGAUUUACUGAAAAGCUUGGAACUCGCAGAUGCCUACAACGGAAUAGAUUGUAGCUCAUUGGCCUUCCUGAACAACAUUUCUGAGGGUGAUAUUGGAGAUUUUUCCCCCCAUGAGAACAAUGUCAAGAAGAAAAAACGUUCUUCCUCAGAACAAGGGCUGGAUCAAAUAGAUUGUUCUCCUCCAGAAUACAUUUUUCCUGGAAGUACAGAACGUCCCCUGCAACCACUUCAGCCUAUUAAUUCAGAAAAUAAGCCUCCUCACUGUCUUAAAUCUUUGAUUAUGAGUGGCUGGAAUCCCCCUCCAGGCAAUCGCAGAAUGCAUGGGGACUUGAUGUAUUUGACCGUGGUAACGAUGGAAGACCAUCAUAUUAAUAUCACUUCAUCCAACAGAGGAUUUUACGUCAACCAAUCAACUGCAGAAACAUUUAAUCCUAAACCAUCCUCACCAAGCCACUUGAGUCACAGUAUUGUAGAGCUGCUGAACCAGGUCAGCCCAGCGUUUAAGAAGAAUUUCAGUAUUCUACAAAAGAAAAGGGUAAAUCGUCAUCCACUGGAGAGAAUUGCAACACCAUAUCAGGUUUAUACUUGGAUUGCCCCUAAUACCAACCAUAUCAUUGACUGUGUGCGAGCAGAGGAUGCGUACAACUUGCGCCUAGGAUAUGAAGAACAUAUUCCUGGUCAGACCAGAGACUGGAAUGAAGAGCUGCAGACAACCAGAGAACUCCCUAGGGAGCUCCCAGCAGACCAGCAGCUGCGACAGAGGGCCAAUUUUAAGAUCAACUCUGAUUUUGUUGGAGCCUCCACUCGAGGAGCAAUGGCAGUCAUUGAUGGAAAUGUAAUGGCCAUUAACCCUGGGGAGGAGACAAAAAUGCAGAUGUUUAUUUGGAACAACAUCUUCUUUAGCUUUGGGUUUGAUGUAAGGGAUCACUAUAAGGAUCUGGGUGGAGAUCAUGCAGCCCAUGUUGCUGCCAGCUAUGACUUGAAAGGUGUACAGGCCUACAGUGACCUGGACAUUGAAGAACUUUAUGCCUUGGGUACUGUGGUUCUUGAUUACCGAGGAUACCGAGUAACCGCUCAGUCAAUCAUACCUGGAAUUUUAGACCGUAAAGAAGACCAAGGUGUCCUUUAUGGAUCCAUUGACUUUGGUAAAACUGUGUCGACAAGUUCAAAAUAUCUGUCCUUGCUCCAUAAGGCCUGCAAACCACUGAGGAUAUUGAGGCAUGCUGUUCUGAACGAGAAGAAUGAAGAAUUGCUUCUGUGUUCCUCUGUUGAAUGCAAAGGGAUCGUGGGUAAUGAUGGCCGUCACUACAUUUUGGACCUCCUCCGAACAUUCCCGCCAGACGUAAACUUCCUUCCACUGCAGGAAGAAUAUAUAUUAGAAGAAUGUCGUAACUUUGGAUUUCCAAAACUUUAUCGGCACCGUCUCUGUAGUCUGCGCCAAGAACUUUUGGAAGUCUUUGUACAACACAAGUAUGCACAGUUUAUGAAGAUUGUAAUGGAGCUGUCACAAAAAGGGGAAUUACUUCAGCUUGAUAUGGAUGAAAAUGGAUCACCAAAAGAUGAACUCAAGGGAGCAGACAUUGUAAGGGAAGCAUGUCGCCAGAUUGGCUCUGUGUCCGAGUAUAUUUUUGAUAUACAGUUUAAUCCAGAUGUGUACUCACCAGUGGUUCGGUUCCCAGAGUCUCAAAACAAGGCCAUCCAAAUACAAAAGCGAUUGCUGAGUGAAAUUGCGGCUUUUCUCCUGACUGUACAAAUUCCCAACUUUAUAAAGGCAUGCCUUGGUCAUAUUAUUAUUCCUCUGGAUGGAAAAACACUUACAGAGGCACUUCAUCUUCAUGGGAUCAAUGUACGCUAUUUAGGUACUAUAGCUGCUAUGAUUGAUAAAUUGGAAGCACGUGCCUCUCUGGAUCAUCUUUAUAGAAUUAUUAUCACGGAAAUUGUCACACGAUCAGCCAAAGCAAUCCUCCGGCACUACUUGCAGGGAGUCGAGACGUCUGCCUUGUCAGCUGCAGUGAGCCAUUUUAUGAACUGCUUUCUGAGUUCUUACCCCAACCCUGUGGCCCAUCUGCCUCCCGAUGAACUAAUCUCUCGCAAAAGGAAGAACAAGAGAAAGAUGCGUCCAUUGGAAAAUGGAGACAGCACUGCAUGGACCAGUAUGACUCCAGCUGAUCUGUGGAGACGAAUCCAGCGCAAUACCAAAGACAGCUUUGAUUUUACACUAUCAAGUGUUUCUAUGGAGCACUUGGUUGAGAAGCUUAGCCUGCAGAAAGUGACGCUGCUCCGGGAGUUCUGCAUAAAGACUGGAGUCCAGGUUCUUCUCCGGGAAUAUAACUUUGAAAGCCGUCAUAAACCAGCUUUUACAGAAGAGGAUAUCCUAAAUAUGUUCCCCGUAGUCAAACAUAUCAACAUUAAGGCCAAGGAGGCAAAUGAGCUGUUUCGAAAGGCCCAGAUUAGCAUCCAGCAGGGUAGCCUAAGGGAAGGUGUGGGUUUGCUAAAUGAAGCCCUGGCCCAGUUCAACAGUGUGUAUGGUGCUGUACAUCCCGAGAUUGUUGUAUGUCUACGUCUGCUUGCCCGAAUCAAGUUUCUUUUAGGGGACAUAGCAGAGGCUCUGGAUGAUCAGCAGAAAGCAGUGAUAAUGACGGAGAGAACACUGGGAUAUGACAGCACAAAUGCCAUCCAAGAUUAUGUCCUUCUCUCACAUUUCUGUUUUGCCAGUGGACAGCUACCAGUGUCUCUGAAGCUGUUAUACCGUGCUCGAUACCUAAUGUUGGUUAUAGCAGGUGAAGAUCAUCCUACCAUGGCUACACUAGAUAGCAAUAUCGGUGUAGUUCUACAAGCUGUGUUUGAAUGUGACUUGUCUCUACGAUUUCUUGAGAAAGCCUUGGAGGCUAACAUGAAGUAUUAUGGAAUGAAAUCCUUGGAUGUGGCCUUAAGCCACCAUCUGAUAGCUCUUGCAUUUACCAAUAAAGCAGAAUUUAGAGCAGCAAUGCAGCAUGAAAAGGAAACAUACACCAUAUACAAAACAGUGCUAGGUGAUUCUCACGAGCGGACAAGAGAGAGUUCUGCUUUCUUGAAACAUGUGACACAGCAAGCUGUAAACCUGCAGAGAACCAUGAACGAAAUCUACAAGAAUGGAUCGAUUGCCACUUUACCACAUGUCCAGAUUGUUCCUCCUGGGAUUGAUACCUUUUUGCAACAGCUGAACCUUCUUAAUGGAAUUUUACGGAUCAGUGUCGGUAUUAAUGAACUCAAUGACAGCAACAACCCUAUGCAAAAUAAAAGGCAGAAUUCCACAGACAGUACAGACGAACACAUAGAACAAAUUUUAAAUUCUCUAGCUGCUGGGCAACCCAAAGACGGUGAUGACAAAAAAGAUGGUGGUGAACAGUCCAAAGAUACAGGUGACAAAAAGAAUGGCGGUGAGCCUUCCAAAGAUGGCGAUAACAAAAAUGAUGGCGGUGGAGAGUCGUCGAAAGGCAGUGGAGAUGCAAAGGAUGGAGGUGGUGAGUCGUCAAAAGACAGUGGAGAUGCAAAGGAUGGAGACGGUGAGCAGUCAAAAGACGGGGAUGACAAAAAGGAUGGCAGUGGUGAUAAGCCAAAAGACGGUGAUGACAAAAAGGAUGACAGUGGUGACCAAUCCCAAGAUGGCGAUGACAAAAAGAAAGGUGGUGAUGAUGAAUCCAAAGAUGGGGAUGACAAAAAGGAAGGUGAUAAAGAGGAAGAGCAGUCCAAAGAUGGGGAUGAAAAGAAAAAAGAUGAUGAGCAGUCCAAAGAUGGGGAUGAAAAGAAAGAAGGUGGCGAUGGUGAGCAGUCCAAAGAUGGGGAUGAAAAGAAAGAAGGUGGUGGUGGUGAGAAGUCCAAAGAUGGGGAUGAAAAGAAAGAAGGUGGUGAUGGUGAGCAGUCCAAAGAUGGGGAUGACAAAAAAGAAGGAGACAAUGAGCAGUCCAAAGAUGGUGAGGAGAAAAAAGAAAGCAGUGGGGAUCAGACUAGAGAUGAUGGUGAGAAUAAAGGAGGGGAGGAUAAAUCCAUAGACGGGGAAGAGAAAAAAGUUGGGGAGGAGAAAAAGGAAAGAGAUGAAAAGACUAAAGAUGGAGAGGAGGUGCAGGAAGGGUCUGCAGAUCAAGCCAAGGAUCAAGUGGAGCCAGAGGAAAAGCAAGAGGAGAAGAAGGAAGGGGGGGAUGGCGAGAAGAAGGAUGAAGGUAAGGAGCCAGCUAAAGAUGAAGGGGAAAAAGCAGGGGGUGAGGAACCAGCUAAAGAUGAUGGAGAUAAGCAGGAAGCAGGACAGGAUAAGCCCACAGUUGAUGGGGAUAAUAAGGAAGGAGAGAAGGAGUCAUCUAGCAAAGAGGAGAAAAACGAAGGAAAUGGGGAGCAGGCUGAAGCUGGACAGGAAGACUCUGAUGUCACCAGCAUUGACAAGGACAAUAAGAAUAUAUCUGAGGAGCAGCCUAAAGACACUGAUGAGAAGGAUGCUGCUGUGGUGGAAAACACUGAUGAACAAACUUCAAGUGAUGUGCAAGAUGUAGCUGAGGAGCAGAAAAAUAAUAGUGAACAAAAAGAUGCACCAAAUGAUGUGAGUGAGAAUCCUUCCACAGGCGAUGAAGGGCAGCAGGAUAAGAAGGGAGAGUAGGGUUUAGCAGGGAACGACCAAAGAGGGUAGGAAAACAAAAGAAAUGUGAAUUCUGAUCCACAAACUCAUCCAAAGCUCUGUUUGAUAUCUCAUUUCCGAUAAGAAAUAGGUACAAUUAGGUAAACAAUAUGCUUUACUAUUCUAUCUUGCUUUUUAAAUGAACUUCCAAAUGUCUUUAUAUACAACUGCUUGUGCCUGGGUACAACACAUAUUUGCACUUUAGUAUGGCAGAAUAAUGGGAAAGAUCUUGGCAUUUUUCCUUAUACAAUAAUGUACUAUGUAGAUGAUACAGGUCUAUCUCAGGGCUCGGAUAUAUUCAGUAUGUGCAGUAAAACAAAUAGUAUACCUCUAUGCAAAUAAGAGUCAGGACAUUUUAUAUACUUAGUUUUAACGUAUUGCCUGUUGUUGAUCAAAGGGCGACAGAUUUCAUAAAUUGAUACUGUGAUUUUAACAUUAUAAUACCAAGUUUAUGUGUAUAUAAAAACUGGACUCUAAGCGUAGUUGCUGAAAACCGACAUGUACUUAGAUGAACAAGAUUUAAUAAUAGUUUAAAAAG